AAAUAACCACUUUUUUCUGUUAAAAAUAAAAAAUCACUUUUUACUUCCUUCCAACACUUCAGCUUAUGAUCAAACAGUGAACACAAAAAUGCAGAGCUUAGUUCGCCGGUUCACGGCGGUAACACGCCAUCACAACAACCACCACCACCUUCAACCCAACCUCACCUUCAACCCUCACCGUAUCUCCCACACUCGUCCUUCAACUCACAUCGCCCAACCUUCCAAUCUAAAUCACCACAUUCCUUCACCUUCCUCCGCCAUUCACUCAUGGCGUUUCCUUUCCACCAAAAUUCGUUCCUCUUUCUCCCAACCAAUGAUCGUUCGAAGGAACUAUCUCUCGAGUGUCAAAAGCAUCAUUGAUCGUAGAUUUCCCAGAGUUCAUUUUCAUCGACAGAACUACAUUUCAAAUUGGAAUAAUAAUUCGUAUCGGAGUGGUUGGAAAUCGUGGCUAAACAGGCUAACACCAAAUGACUUGGUUCUGGGGUUGGUUGUAGCUAAUGUUGCUGUUUUUUUAUUUUGGAAGAUAGCGACUCAAGAUUUUAUGCUAAAUAACUUUACAAUCUCUUUGGACAAUAUUAAGAAUGGACGCUUGCACACUUUGAUCACCAAUGCAUUCAGUCAUGUAGAUGCCUGGCAUUUAAUGUCCAACAUGCUUGGACUCUACUUCUUUGGAUCAAGUAUUGCAAGUAAAUUUGGACCUGAAUUUCUGCUGAAGCUAUAUCUUGCUGGCGCAAUCGGUGGUUCUGUUUUCUAUCUUGGGCAUCAAUCCUACAAGUCUCUUACAUCAAAGGGCUAUGGAGCUAUCAAGGCUUCAAAGGACUUAGCAUUGGGAGCAAGUGGAGCUGUGAAUGCAGUUAUGCUGCUGGACAUAUUCCUCAAUCCAAGAGCAACUAUAUACUUGGACUUUUUUAUACCAGUUCCUGCGGCGUUGCUGGGGAUCUUUUUGAUCGGGAAAGAUAUGCUGAGGAUAAUAGAGGGAGACAGUACGAUAUCAGGAUCCGCGCACUUGGGGGGCAUGGCAGUUGCAGCCAUAGCAUGGUCAAGAGUUCGGAAAGGAAGAUUUUAAAUCCUUUUUCAGACCUCCGCAAAACAAGUUUUUUACUUUGUUAAUUAUGAUGCUAUAAUCUAUCAUUUUUAAUUAGCAACUAUAAAUUAGGUGAAGUUAUUGGGUUAGAAGUUAUUAAAAAAUAGUUAUUCUGUCAAAAAGAAGUUAUUGUGUUAGAUUUGAAUUAGCAACGCAUCUACUUCAUAUGAACAUACUAGUGCUCACUGUAUCAACGUAGUUGGGAUUACCCUACUCUAUUUCAAUUCUUUUGCAUGCCAUUUUAUUUAAAAAAAAA